CCCGUCCGCUGGACUCAACCAGGACCCCGCCGCAUCCUGCGCUUCUGCUGCCCGGCCCGGACGAUCGCAUCAGCACUUGCACCAGCACUCGCCAAGGUCAUUGAAAACGUGAAGCGUAACCAUCAUGGGCAAGCGAAAGUCGACGCACUUCAACAACGCCGCCCCGCAAUCGGCGACCGCCCGCGAGGAAUACCACCAGCACCUGGCGGCCGAGUCCUUCCUUCUGUCUGCCUUCGACUCGCCCUCGGUCGACUACUUUGCAGCCGUCUUCCAGGCAGUCGAUGCGCAUCGUCUCAAGAUCUGGGACACUCGCACCUCGUCGCUGUCGUUUGAUAUGCCCCUUCCCAAAGGCGAUAAAUGCACCUGCAUUGCCUGGGGCAUCCAGGGCGCCGAGGACUCGUCGCUGUCAAAGAAGGAAAAGAAGCGAAGACGAUCGUCCCUUGUUGCCAACGACAAACUCGUAGCGAUCGGCCUCGGCUCGGGCAAUGUUGCGCUGUUCUCGGUCAAUCGCGGCGAGAUUCUGCGAACGUUCUCGGGAGGCCAUACGGCCGCCGUCUCGGAUUUUGUCUUCUCUGCCGAUGGCUCGCGCGGCUACUCGGCCGGAGAAGACGGAGAGGUCGUCGUCUGGGAGAUUAAGUCGGGCACCGCCGUCAGCCACUUCAAGGCCGACAGCAAGGCCCUCCGCAAAAUCCAGCUCAACAGCGACGGCGAUCGACUCUUGACUGCUGGCCACCAGAUCAAGCUGUGGGAUGCCGAUUCGCAUGAGCUGCUGCAGACAUUCACGGGACAUGCCACCCUCGUCAGUCGUCUGCUCUUCUCGUCCGAUGACAAGUAUGCCGUCUCCAGUGCCGAGGAAGAUCGGUUUGUGAGCGUCUGGGACUGCCUCGAUCGCAAUUCAAACGGCAACCUGACAGCCUUGACUCUGGAUGCCUCGCCAACUCAUCUGGCUGUGUCGAUCAAGAAUCAGGCCCUUGCUCUGACCGAGAGCGGCGUGGUCGCCCUCUGGCAAACCCCCUUUGUUCCCCCGGCCGACAAGGCGACGCAGUCCAAGAAAAAGUACGUGCCUCGCACUCCCGAGAGCACGCUGCAGUUCUCGACCCCGGACGGCAAGCCUAUCUCCAUUCUGGCGGCGACAUUUGUGGGCGACAAGAUCAUCGUGGCUCGUGGCACCAUCAUCCGCCCUGUGUUUGAGCGCCUGUCAUAUGCCGAUGAGACUGGCAAGCUGAUUCCCAAACUGGAGCUCACCCGCUCCCCGACAUCAGCCAUCUUGGUGGACGAGUCCUCCCUUGCCGAGCAAGCCCUGAAAAGCAAUCGCAAAGAGUACAGCGACGCCGAUUCGCGAGUGCUUGGCGCCGCCGAUUUCUCGAUGGCCACUCCCGCCCUCGCAGAGGAUCUUGAGGAAAAGCUGGCCAAAGAGCCGACGCUAGAGGACCGGCUCAACAUCAUGGCCAUCAACCCCAGUCCCUCGGCAAAGUCCAAGGUGGCGCUUUCGCUCGCCAGCAAGUCCAAGACCUUCCGACCGCCGACUGCCAGCUCGUUGCACCACAUGCUCACGCAGGCGGUGCAUUCCGGCGACAAGCAGCUUCUGGAGAGGUGUCUCGAAAUCAAGAACCCCGACAUCAUUCUUGCAACCGUGAGGCGGCUACCGACGGCGCAGAUCGUGCCCUUCCUGGAACAGCUUGUCGACAAGCUGCAGAAGCGACCCAACCGAGCCACGGUGCUGAUCGAGUGGGUCCGUGCUGUGAUCCUGGUACAUGCUGCCUAUCUUAUGACGGUGCCCAACCUCGUCAAGCAGCUGUCCCUUCUCUACCAGACCCUCGAUUCCAGAGUCAACGUCUUUUCCAAGAUGCUCAAGCUCUCUGGUCGGCUGGAUCUGGUGCUCUCGCAAAUUGCUAUGCGUACCAAGGGCGGUUCUGGAGACGUCGAUGGCGAAGAAGAGGCCAUGGCCGUGUACGAUGAAGAGUACGAGGACGACGACGUUUCGGAUGAUGAGAUGAUGGAGUUUGUCGGCGGAUCGGACGAGGAGGACGAGGAGGAAGACGAUGGCGACGACGACGACGAUGACGAGGACCUUGAGGACGAAGACGACUUUGAUCCCGAUGAGCUAGACGAAGAGCCCGAGGACGACGAGGAUGAUGAGGGCGACGAAGACAACGACGAGGACGACGAGGACAUAUAGUCGGACUUUGAGCCGAUAUCAUCCGUGAAAGCGAGCGCAAGCUGGUGGCCUCGUCCAUGCCUUCAGCGCUCAAGAUUCGGGUUGGAACGACCCAAGCAUAGCACACGCAAAUCAAAAGCCCGUGGCCCAGACAGCAACCAAUCCCGGGACAAGCAGGCGCACCAUCAGGUGCGUCCAGAACGAAGCGGGACACCCUGUUUGAGCCAAGGCUGUCGCUUUUUUCUGGGUCCCAAAUACACACCCAUCCAUCGUCCGUCGUGA